CUUCCGGCCUGGCGCCGCAUUGCGCAGACGCAGUCGGCUGCCCGACCAGGCCCCACGGGCUACGGAGCACGCGUGGACUCGAGCGGCGAGCCGGGUGAGCAGCCCGAGCCGGCUCCGCGGGACUCCGCUCGUCCGCGUCUCCCGACACAGCCAGGGUGUGAGAUGAGUGACUCCGAAGACGAGGGCCCCCCCCAGCUUUCUUCCUACGCCCUCGCAGCUCUGCAGGAAUUUUAUGCUGAGCAGCAGCAGCACCACUCUGACCUCCGUGGUGACGACAAGUAUAACAUCGGGAUAAUAGAAGAGAACUGGCUGAGCCAGUUCUGGUACAGCCCGGAGACAGCCCUGCGCCUUGCUGAGGACGCCAUAGCAGCUGCCGGGGAGGGCGGCAGAAUAGCGUGUGUGAGCGCCCCCAGCGUCUACCAGAAGCUGAGAGAGCGGCACAGAGACGAUGUCUCCGUCUGCAUCUUUGAGUACGACCGCAGGUUUGCCGUAUACGGAGAGGACUUUGUCUACUAUGACUACAAGAGCCCUGUGGACUUACCUGAGAGGAUCGCCACACACAGCUUUGACAUUGUCGUAGCAGAUCCCCCCUAUCUCUCGGAGGAAUGUCUUAGGAAAAUGUCGGAAACCAUCAAGCUCCUGACCCGGGGCAAGAUCCUGCUGUGCACAGGUGCUGUCAUGGAGGAGGCGGCAGCAAAACUGCUUGGAGUGAAGAUGUGCAAGUUUAUUCCAGAACACACUCGCACCCUGGGAAACGAGUUUCGAUGUUUUGUGAAUUACGACUCUGAGCUGGACCGUGAUCUGUCAGUGCAGCUCCCAGGGCAGGAAGGACCCAAGUGACAUUUCCCCUCUGAAAAACUACCACCUCACCAGUCCUCAUUUUCGAGAUUAAAGACAUCAUGAUUUCCUUAGGAUGUCCCUGGAGCUCAGGGUGCUUUUGCCGACGUGAGUCUGUGGAAUUAUAUCUGGAAGAACUUUUAGACCCCAUCUAGUCUGCUGUCCUCACUUAACACAGGUAAAGAGCAGUACGUAGUGACCAGCCAAGACCUCAGCCCCUGGCUCUAACAGCCAAGGGAUUUGUAGUUGAGGACACAGUUUGUGUUCAGAAGAGGGAGGGCACGUGCUCAGUAAAUAUUUGUUAAAUGAAUUCCAUUCAGAGAAAAAGUGCAAAUAAAGGUUACCUUUCUGGA